AAUGUAAUUAUUACACAUUGCUUUGCAAAUAUAAGACUCUGACUCUGUGCAACAAGGGGAAAGACAACGACAGACAGAGUGAGAGCAAGCGGAUCUGCUAACUUGCAGGCUGAGCCUCCUUCCUCUUCACUCACGUUUGUACUUGGAAACCCAGCAGUCUGUGAUCUUCUCUACCAGCACCAAAACACAUUAAUUGUGAAACAUCUGGACAUUGAGGCUUUUAGGAGUGACAAUGCAAUCCUGGCAUUGUAUGCUGACUAUUGCUGGCCUUGUGAUCACACUGACGUGCAAUGAAUCCUUUGCUGCAGUGAUCAUUAAUGGGCAAGAGGCCCAGCCCCACUCUAGACCUUACAUGGCAUCUGUGCAGAUCAAUGAGAAGCACAAGUGUGGCGGAUUCCUGGUAGACAAGUAUUUUGUGAUGACAGCAGCCCACUGUAGAGAUAAGAAUAGGACACUCACCGUUGUCCUGGGAGCUCACAGACUCAGCAAGAUCCAACCGCAGUGGCGCUUCUCAGUGGAGGACUACUAUCCUCACCCAAAUUACCAAAGAAGAAAGUACGAAAAUGACAUCAUGUUGUUGAAGCUAGUAAAGCCAGCAGUGAAGAUCCAGGAUGUGAAAGAAAUUAAACUGGCAAAGACAGACAAGAAUGGUAAACCAGGGAGCUUAUGUGAGGUGUCCGGCUGGGGGGUAACUCCAUCCAGUCGGCCAUCCACUGAAAGGUUACAGGUGGCCAACGUGACAGUGAUAGAUGAAAAAAAGUGUCGGCACUACUGGAAAGAACACUACAUACCUAAUGUCUUGUGUACAGGAGGCACUAAGAGAAGUGGAGGCUUCUGUCAGGGUGACUCAGGCGGGCCCUUAGUUUGCCAAAAUCUUGCAGUGGGAGUGGUGUCUUUCCGCCAUGGCAGCAACUGUAAUAAUCCAGAGACACCAAAUGUGUAUACCAAGAUUUCCAGAUACUUAAAGUGGAUUCAGAAAACCAUAAUUUCAGUUUUCGUGAAGCCACAAAUUGAAAACAUGAAGAUAAAUCCUUUGCAGUUUUAUUGCUUGCUGGUCUUUUUAAGCAUCUUGGGCCGUGGCUCAUCCCGGGAUGGCAUUGUGGGUGGACGAGAAGCUGCCCCUCACUCCCGACCCUACAUGGUGUCUUUGCAGGUAGAUGGGAUUCAUGAUUGUGGUGGAGUGCUGCUGAGAGAGGACUUUGUGCUGACCGCUGCCCACUGUGAAAGGUCGUAUGUCGCUGUUCUCGGAGCUCAUUCCCUUAAAGACCAUGAGAGUUCAAAGCAGAGUAUUGAAGUUGCUAAGUCCAUCCCUUACCCCACAUAUAAAACAGGUGACACUAAAAAUGACAUCCAGCUCUUGAAGCUGAAAAGUAAUGCCACACUGAACCGCUUUGUCAGCCAGAUUCCCAUCAAGGAUUGUGGUUGUCUACCAAAGUAUGUCCUCUGCAGCACAGCAGGAUGGGGUGACAUGUAUGACAAUUUCACCUUCCCAGAUAGGCUGCGUGAAGUGAACACUACAGUCAUCAGGCAGAGAAGAUGUGCACACAGCUGGCCCGCUGUCACCCGGAGAAUGAUAUGUGCCACAGACCACGGAGCCGUGCAGGGCUUCUGCUCCGGAGAUUCUGGAGGUCCACUGGUCUGUGAUGGAGUCUGUGAGGGAGUGGUCUCUUUCUCUCAUUUCAAGUGCGGAGAUCCCAGAUAUCCAGAUGUUUACACAAGGGUCUGCAUGUACAACAGCUGGAUUCGCUGGGUGAUGAGAAGAUACUGAUUAGAAGAUGCUGGGUACAAUGAAAUGUGGAAAAAAAAUGCAGCUUUGUCAAAUAAACCUAGAUUAUAAUGACCACACCAGUAGGUUGGUUUGAAGAAAAAUUGUCUGCUAUAUUAAUAAAUGUAAUGUAAAAUUUAAAAGCAAUUCACAGAACUACAGUAAAUGCUUGCUGAAAUAAAA